CGCAUCCUAUGAGCACACAGGACCGAAGACAGGGCCAAGCCACCUCAGCAGACAGGGAGUGCGCAUACUACCCAGGUGUCGCCCGCACCUUCGAGAGAAGAGGAACAGGGACAGAGAAGACGCUCCCACGGGUUGUCCUUUUCGAUUUUCUAGCAUGAGACUGCAUAUGAGUUUGGCCUGUCCAGUCCAUGAGAUCACAAUGCUACGACUCUGUCAUGCUCUGGCGGUGGCUCUCCUCCAGAUCUUUAUCUUCUCAGAGAAUCAGGCAUUUGCCAAGAACAUCAACUUCUACAAUGUGAGGCCUCCUCUUGACCCCACACCAUUUCCAAACAGCUUCAAAUGUUUUACCUGUGAAAAUGCGGGGGAUAACUAUAACUGCAACCGAUGGGCCGAAGACAAGUGGUGUCCACAAAAUACACAGUACUGUUUGACAGUUCAUCACUUCACCAGCCAUGGCAGAAGUACCUCCAUCACCAAAAAGUGUGCCUCCCAGAGUGAAUGUCAUUUUGUUGGGUGUCGCCACAGCCAAGAUUCUGAACAUACGGAAUGCAGGUCUUGCUGUGAAGGGAUGAUCUGCAACGUAGAACUGCCCACCAACCACACGAACGCAGUCUUCGCGGUGAUGCACGCGCAGAGGACGUCUGGCAGCAGUGCCACCAUGCCCUCCCUGCCGGUGCUUGCCUGGGUCUUCAUGCUUCUGUGGCUAUGAUGUCACCUUUCUUAGGAGAGGGAGAGCCCAGCCCUCUAAAGCACAAGGCAAAAACUGUAGGAGCACUGGAGUGAAGAUCAGUCUUGUACUUGGUGAAGAUGGAACAUUGGACCCCAAAGCAGAAGCCCGUGAUUUGCUUUGCAAAAUUGCUCUUGCAUGAGAUCAGAGCACUGAGAAUGGGGGCUUGGUAGGGACUGAAAGGACUGAGCCCCAUGCUCCCUGGUCAAGGAGGGCUGCGUCCUGUCAGCUCUGCAGUGAGUAUGUUGCCAGUAUUGUUGACAGGUGACAAUGGCCUGGCUGGUCCUGGCCUGACCAGGCCUUUAGCUGCAAAGACUUCCUGGCCUCACUGACUCCAUCAAAGGCUACCCGGUCAGGUUUCUGUGGUUAGCUCUGAGUGUCUCUGUGCAGUCUUACCCAGUGGCAAGAGCAGUGUCUGCACUAUGUUACACAGCCUGGGAUUAUCAACCCAUAGAGUGAAAAGGUUUAUCGUGGCUCACGGUUGUGAAGGUGUUGGUCCAUGGUCUGGUGUUGCCUUUGGGCCUGUGGUGAGGCAGCACACACGGUAGGGAGUGUGGGGCAAAGCAGAAAGCCACCCUCCUCAUGGUGUGACAUGGAAGAAAAAGAGAAGAGGCCAGAGUCCCAUAAUCCCCUUUGAGAGUGGACCCCCAGUUACCUGAAACCAUCCUCAGGCUCUACCUCCUCCCAGUGGCACCCAUACUGGGGACCAGGCUUUAACACACGAGCCUUUGGGGGCCACUCCAGAUCCAGACCACAGCACCCAGCAACAGUGUGGCCAGUGAGAAAGCCAACUGUUGGAUUGAACUAGGUGAACUCCAUUUGCCCGUUGUGAGGUGGGGUGGGGGGAAUAAGGCUUUUCAAUUACACAAUGUAAAUGCAUGCUGUGUGUUUCUUGAUUGACAGAGGCCUGCAACGAGACCCACCUACCAGUGUCACUGAACUUGAAUUUCCAUAUACCGGGGUGAUCUAUGCUGGCUUAAAGAAUAAAA